UACUCGCUGUCAACAAAAAUCAUCGACUCGCAGACUUUUGUGCAUCGUGUUCCGUGUUUAUUUUCGUCUCUCGGCCGCAGAUUUGUGAAUAUUAAUGACUGCAGCAAGCCAUUACCGGACAAAUUAGCGAAAGCAUUUCAUGUUCCACGAUCUUCUAGUCAGUUCAGUGUGAAAUUGCCGUUCGAAUCGAGAUAUUCGAACGGGGCACCACCGUGUUCUGCCGUGUUCCGCCGGCACUUAACAUACAUUUGAGCAUGUGAAAAUUGUCUAAAGAAACUCUGCAAUGAUGAAAAGGGCACUCAUGGUGGCGGAGAAGCCGUCCUUGGCAGCUUCUCUGGCCAAUAUUUUGAGCAACGGCAGGAGCACGAAUCGAAAAGGAAUAAACAAUGCCUGUUCCAUUCACGAGUGGAACAUGCAGUUCAAAGGCGAAAGUGUCCAUUUCUUGAUGACUUCCGUGUGCGGUCAUGUCAUGAGUUUGGACUUUGUCGGAAAGUUUAACAAUUGGGACCGAGUCGAUCCGGCUGAGUUGUUUCACUGUCCAACGGAGAAAAAGGAGGCUGUGGCCAAACUGAAGAUGCCGCCAUUUCUAGCCAAAGAAGCCAAGGGUUGUGAUUAUUUGGUUCUGUGGCUGGAUUGCGACAAGGAAGGCGAGAAUAUUUGUUUUGAAGUCAUCGAUGCUGUCAGAGAAAGCAUGAGGAUAACUGAUCAUAAUGUGUUUCGAGCCCACUUUUCUGCCAUCACAGAAAAGGACAUCAAAGCUGCGAUGAACAAUUUGGGAAAGCCAAACGAAAACGAGGCCAAGAGCGUGGAUGCGAGACAGGAGUUGGAUUUGAGGAUCGGCUGCGCAUUUACCAGAUUCCAAACCCGAUUUUUUCAGGGUAAAUAUGGAGACCUGGACGCAUCUCUGAUCUCCUAUGGACCGUGCCAAACGCCGACGCUUGGAUUUUGUGUGCAACGUCACGAUGAAAUUCAAACUUUCAAGCCUGAACCCUACUGGGUCUUGCAGGUGACUGUGCAAACAAGUGAAGGAAAAGAGGUCGUUCUUGAUUGGGAACGCGUGCGAUGUUUCGAAAAGGAGAUCGCCACCAUGUUCCUCAUGCAGGUCAAAGAGUUCAAAGAGGCCAAGGUAACAAGCGUGAGCAUGAAGGAAAAGGCCAAGGUUCGGCCGUUGGCUCUGAACACAGUGGAGCUGAUGCGAGUCGCCAGUUCAGGAUUGGGAAUGGGUCCUCACCACGCGAUGCAAAUCGCUGAGCGGCUCUACACGCAGGGCUACAUCAGCUAUCCACGAACAGAGACAACGCAUUAUCCAGAAAAUUUUGACCUGCUCGAGGUGCUGAGGCAGCAGCAACACAGUUCUGACUGGGGUGAGGAGGUCAGGGAGGUAUUGUCGUCUGGAAUAAACCGGCCCAAGAAGGGCCAUGACGCCGGUGACCAUCCUCCGAUCACGCCAAUGAGAACAGCGAGCCGAAGUGAACUUGACGGAGACUCCUGGCGCCUUUACGACUACAUCACCCGCCACUUUAUUGCUACUGUUUCAAGAGACUGUACUUAUUUGAGCACGACGGCUAAAUUUGAGAUCGGUAAGGAGGUGUUCAAGUGCACUGGCAAAACACUGUUGGAUCCAGGCUACACCAUAGUUAUGCACUGGCAAUCGUUCAGCAAGAACGAGACUGUUCCCCCGUUCUCUGAUGGAGAAAUCGUUAACAUACAAGAGGCCAAACUGCAGGAAUGCCAGACAUGUCCGCCUGAUUAUCUCACGGAGUCGGAACUAAUCACCCUGAUGGAAAAGCACGGCAUCGGAACUGACGCUUCUAUUCCAGUCCACAUCAAUAAUAUUUGCCAGCGGAACUAUGUUGCUGUCGGCUCAGGCCGUCGCCUUGUGCCCACUUCGCUUGGAAUUGUCCUCGUCCACGGGUACCAAAAGAUCGACCCGGAGUUAGUAUUGCCGACGAUGCGUUCUGCGCUAGAGGAGCAGUUGAACCUGAUCGCGCAUGGUCAAGCCAGCAUGCACGCUGUGCUGCAGCACUCGCUCGAAAUCUUCAAGCAGAAGUUUUUGUAUUUCGUAAAGAAUAUCGAAGGCAUGGACCAGUUGUUUGAGGUCUCCUUCUCGCCCCUCGCCAUGUUGGGCAAGGCUUUGUCCAGGUGCGGCAAGUGCAGGAGGUAUAUGAAGUACGUUCAGGCGAAACCAGCACGUCUGCACUGCUCGCAUUGCGAUGAGACGUACAGCCUGCCGCAAAACGGCGUUGUGCGCAUCUACAAGGAGCUCAAGUGUCCGCUGGACGACUUCGAGCUGCUUUCCUGGUCGGCUGGCAACAAAGGCAAGAGCUACCCUCUCUGCCCCUACUGCUAUAACCACCCGCCGUUCAGGGACAUGAAGAAGGGCAGCGGCUGCAACGCGUGCACCCACCCAAGCUGCCCACACAGUCUCAACAGCAACGGGGUCUCCUCCUGUGUCGAGUGCGACGGUGGGGUCCUUGUGCUCGACCCAGCUUCUGGACCAAAGUGGAAACUCAGCUGCAACAGGUGCGAUGUCAUCAUCCAUAUCUUUGACGAUGCUCACAAAGUAGCGGUUGAUGAUGGCACGUGCGAAUGUGGUGCGCAGCUCAUUUGCGUCAACUACAAAGAGGAGCGAACAAAACUGCCAAACGAGGCGACGGAGCUGACGGGCUGCGUUUUCUGCUCGCCCGACUUCGCCAAUUUGGUCGAGAAGCACAGGGCAAUCAACCGGCCGAAUCGCAUGGCCCCCGGCGGCCGGGCGGCCAGGGGAAGGGGCCGCGGCCGGGGAGGCAAGGGCCGCGGCAAAGGGAAGCCCAAGGACAAGAUGGCCCAGCUGGCGGCCUACUUCGUGUAACAGCCCCUUGUUAGUGCGGUAGCCCCCGCCACUUGUAAGGCGCGGAACUCCGAAUUGUGUUGUUUGUUUGUAGCUGCUCAGGUAGCCACUUCUAGGAUGCAGCAUGGAAUGUCCUCAUCAAGCAGUCUACACACUUUUGUCUUUGCUGCUCGACUUAAUAAAAAAAGUUAAAUUAAAUGAA